AUGGCAAUCUAUACGCUGGCUGACCUACAUAUGCCCUCACGGCGAUCGUCCUCGAUCCCUCGUCAGUACCACCGCAUGGCCGCCGCAGGGCAACAGGACCACCGCUUCUCUCUCGCCGAUGCAGCGAACCUGAAGCCCAAACUCCAGGCCCUGGACAAGGCCCUAACUAGCACAUGUGUCGGCCACGGCAGAGAGUUGGAUUUCACCAGCAUCGAUGAUGCAGUGAACAUACAGCCCCCUCAUGUUGCCGUCUACGUUGACGGCUCAGAGGAGUUUUUUCUCAUGGUGAAGACCAUCUCGCGGCCAGACCUCAUCCCCAAAGUCUUGGCCGAAGCAAUCAAGACCAUGUCCUACGGCCGGCCUCAUGUAAAUAUACAGCGCGCCUCAGACUUCAGGAAGGGCGCAGACCCCACUUUCUCCGACUUCCGUCCUAUGCUUCCAGACAUUGAUCGCCUAUGCGGAACUGAUCUUGCCGGCGCCGUCGCCAGGCUCGAAGCUCAAGGCAAGCUGAGGCUCCGCCUGCAAGUGUACUCGUACGUUCUGCCCGAGCACCCUCGCGGUAUUCUCCCGCCCUGGUGUCGCAAAAACAAUGGCCGGCGCCUUGCUCUCAUGCGCGUCAACAAGCAAUUGCACAGUGAAGUGCGGAAGCAUUACUAUGAAAAUGUGAAUUUCCUGAUUGCAACCGUUUUCCAGCUUGAAAACACAUCCUUAUACGAAGACAACACCAUAGCUCUCCGCCAUUUAAUAGAGAGUAUGGAUUCUAACACCUUUCCUCUGAUCAAGCAGCUUUCCGUCCGCAUAAAUGGCUCCACAGUUCAGGAAAGUCUUCGUACAGGGCCACCCUCGCCUCCAUUUGCUCUAAAAUACAUAUUUGAUACAUUUACAGGCCUUGAGAAGCUCACUAUCACAUUCGGUGCCGCACCCCGUUCUAACAUGUGGGCGGGACAAGAUGUGGAGUCUAUCCAUCGCAAGUACAUGGAACAGAUGAAAACGCGCUUCAUCAAAUACAUCCCGCCAUCAAUCAAAGUGUCCUGGUGGCACGAAGAUGCAGCAAGAUUCUUCAACAGCGACAUCGUAGAGAAGUCCUUAUGGACCGCCAUACAAGAGCGAGCAUCAACAUGCACAGAUGAAAGCGUUGAUACUUCAUCUUGA